UGUUUAGGGCCACCGUAGACACAUGUGGAUAUAAGCGGACCCGCGGUGUGUGUGGAGAGAAACGCCUCAUUAUCAGCUCAUAAACACAGAACGCUUCAUUAUAUUCUUUAUACACCACUGAACACACAGUUAUGUAUUUUAUAUUAUAUUUCUGACAAUAGAUCCUCCUGAAUAUCUCACACUGCACCUUUAAUGUUCACAUAAUAAAGAAGAAACAUUUAAACCCAGGAAGGUUCAGAAAGCAUGUCUUGAUGUGCGCUGGAGCGUCUGCAAUCGUGUCGCUGCACUCGUCGGGGACAGACUCGCUCAGCUGCACAUCAUUGGUGUAAUUGAUCUGAGACUGAAGGCACUGGACCGUCCCGAACAUCAGCGUCCCACGGCUCCGACCCCACUAUAAACCAGCACAGAUCACAGCAGCGUUCAGAAGAGUGUGUGUGUGUGUGUGUGAGAUGGACGCGAGCGCUCUGACGCGAGGCCUGCUCUUCCUCUCUCUCGCGGCGACCGGAGUCCCGGGGAACAUCGCUGUGAUCUUCGCCUUCCUCUCGCUGGCGUAUCAGGAGCGUCUCUCGCCGGCCGACACCAUCGUGCUGCACCUAGCGAUUGUUAACCUGGCUAACCUGUCGGUGCGCUGCGUGCUGGAGGUGCUAGCCUCCUUCUCCGUGUACGUGUUUGACGACAGCGGCUGCAAGGCCGUGAUCUUCAUCUACCGCACCACCAGGUCUCUGUCCAUCUGGCUGACCUUCGUGCUGAGCGCAUACCAGUGCCUGAGCGUGUCUCCGCCGGGGUCGCGCCGCGCUAGCGCUCGCGUUCUGCUGGGCCGCUCGCUGUGUGUGGUGUUCCUGGCGCUGUGGCUAAUCAACGGCUCGAUGAGCGCGGCUCCGCUGCUGUUCGCCAUCGCGACGCGGAACGACUCUAAGCUCUCGCUGAACGCCAUCAAUGUGGAGUUCUGCUUCCUGAACUUCCCGUCGAGGCUAGCGCGGGACGCUAACGGCGCAGCCCAGGUGGGGAGAGACGUGGUCCCGAUGGCGCUGAUGGCGGUUGCUAGCAUUCUGCUCCUAGCAUUCCUGCGGCGCCGGCAGGCCACGGCUCGUGGCGGGUCAUUAGCGGAGCGGCGCGCGGCUCUCGGCGUGAUCACGCUAGUCUCACUGUACCUGCUCUUCUACGGCGUGGACAACGGCCUGUGGGUUUAUACGCUCAGCGUGCCUCAGACGCUCGGCUCUUCGCUAAUCUCCGACCUCAGGAUCUUCUUCUCCUCGCUCUACGCCGCCGUCAGUCCCGUCGUCAUCAUCGUCUCCAACACGAGAGUUAGCCGGAGAGCCGGAGACGCUCUGAGACGCUGCUAACGUCACGAGCACAUCAACCACAGGAACUGAUGAGGGAGCGCUUACGGGCUCAGUGUGUGCCAGCGCUCUUUAAGGAGUUUCUCUGUCGCAUUUCUCAGAUCACAGCUGGGAUUCCUGUUCAACAUCAUGAUAACUUCUUCCCAGCAAGCACUUCUGCGUUUUUAAGACGUCUAAUAGUGCCCAAACACAGCCCAGACAGCUAGGCUAAACCAGGCCGAAUCUGGGCUGUCAGUGAGAAUGUAAUAGAUGUCUAACCCAUCGCUGAAGAGUAGACUAGUCAUCAUUAGAUGAGAAAGAAAUGAAACGAGUGAAGAAAUUAAACCAAAUGUCUUAUAAUCACUGUUGACUUUGAGGACAUUAUGAAACAUCUCGCAAGUAAUUUACAUAAACAUGUAACCCCAUUCAAGGUUAAUUCAUUCGAGAGUAUUAACUGCAGCUGAGGACAUCAGUGUCCGUCCACAGCUUUUCAUUAA